GGCCAUAAAUUAUUCGCCAUAUUGUUUUUGUAGUAAGCGGAUAGCGAUAGUUAUCGAGAAAAAUAUUAUUGCUUUCUUUUUUUUUAUUUGCAUUUCCAUAAAUGUGAAUUAAUUUUUGAAUAUGUUUACUUAAGAAAACUUUAAUAUGGGUGUGAAUGACAGUGGUUAUGCAGUAAUUUAUUUUUAACAGUGCAUCAAGAUGGGUCGACUGUGGAUUGUUUUCAUUUCGUUUUGUUUAUUGCAUUACGUUUGUUGUUCUGAACAGCAUUUUCAAAUAUGCCAGAACAACACGAAGAUACGUAGCUGCACGCCGCAGAUUUUGGGUGAAAAAUAUUCUGAUGACGACACCUGCAGGGUUCAAUACAUACCACCAAACAGCUCUGACUGUGUAGAUUACUUUGGGCCAAUAGAAAAUAAUUCCCAUAUUGGAGGAGUUAGCCUACGACCAUACAUACUGCCAGUAAUACAGAGCAAUGACACUCUGUAUUUACCGCUUAAUUACACUGUACUCAAUAUUACAUUCAGUAAUAUUAAAUGGAAGACAAUGAAGUUUCGCUUCCAAAAGUACAAGAGCAAGGAGAGCCACUGCAGGAACAUAGUUAUAUCGAACGAUGUUACGAUCAACGACCAAUCGGUGUUAUACUAUGACUGCUACUGGUCAGCUACCGAUAGCAAUUAUAAUGGCCAGAGUCAUAUACUGGACUUCGAGGCUACGGAUGACGUGGUAGUGAACAGGGGCCGAUAUUAUUUCAACAUACCGUCUUCACAAAUGCUUAGUCCAACAAUAACCGAAAGGGAUUGGAAACCGUUCGUCUACAUAGAGAUACUGACGAGCACUAUGAAGUUGCACAUAAUGCCUCCACCUUCGCAGCUCAACAUAACCUCUUACCAAAUACAAGUCAUGAAGGAGUGUGACAACAAGAGUCAAUGCAAUGAACUCAUAAAGACGGCCAUUAUAAACGUGAGGAACAGUACACAGGAAGUGACCUACAGUUAUAGCCUUCUGAAUCCACCCGGGUCAUAUUAUUUCGUUGUGACAUCGCAACAUAGCAAUUGCAAGAGUCAGUCAUGCCAGUCUGUGGAAAGCCCGAGAAUUACGAUCAAGAGCGAAGUGCAGACGAUGAACAUCUGUAUAGCCAGUAUCACAGCUCUGAUACUCGCCACGCUGUUCGUGUACUACCUCGUGUUGAAAGUGAUCAGACGCUACUGGUGUAAGGAAUAUGUGCAAGAAAUCCCACCGCCAACGAAAGUGCUGAUAAUCUACCCGAUGGCGAACAGACUGCACGCGGAGUGCGUCGCUUCCUUCGUAGCCUACCUUCGAGCUGAAUACGGCUUCGAUAUCCUCUACGACGGCGAUAUCGCCACCACAUCCCACGGAGACCCAUACAUGUGGGCCGAGGAAUCCUUCAGACUGGCCUCACACGUUGUCUAUAUCGUUGGCCCAGCCGAAGACACAAACCUCUACAACAAUAUAUAUGACAAGCCGAUCAUAACAGCCCAUAAAGACGUGGACACUCUGUUGCUGUCCCUGCUGCGAGCGUCCAAAACAACGCGACACAAGAAGGACGUUAUGAAUGUGUUCUUUGAACACUCGGACGGAGAGAUUCCAAUUGAAACGAGGCACGAUAAAGUGUUCUUCCUGCUCAAGGACUGGCAGAAGUUCAUCGCUUACCUGUCGAGGAAUUUAUUGCCGAAGAAACAGAUCUUGAGGACGGAGAGGGGCAAGUGCUUCUUGGACGAUCUGUCGAGAGCGAAGAAACUGCUGAGCAACGGACGUGAUCUUGUUAUUAAAUUUGAUAAGAAUUGCUUCGAGAAGAAAGCUGUGCUGUGUUGAAAUGUGAUUCGUGGUUUAGGUGCGGUGUUCAAUGUUUUGGGGGUAGCAAGAUGGUUUCUCUGGAUGGACAGUGACAUUGUCUGCAUUGAAGAUUUUUCCAGAUAAAAUUACUUGAUGGAAUUUUUUCCCGUGUUAUGUAAUUUGUACUCUGCGGAUUGUAAUUUUGGUGGGUAACAUGCAGUUAUUACAAUUAAAUAUUUAAAGGAUUACUUCGUGAAACUUGCAUAAUAUUCUAUAGUUAUUAUUUUGCAAAAAUAUUGGUAUUCAAGGGUAGGGUAAGAAAAUCUGAAGUAAUAUCUAUAUUUGGACGUGUUUUUCAUUAAGAUAAAACAUGGCGUUUGAAUUAAUGAAACCUAUUAAAUACAGGACAUUGGCAAAAUUGUGGCAACGCAGUAGUGCCAUAAAUAAAUCAUUCAAAUCGUUUGAUAAUAAUAUUUUUCAAAUGUCGCAUUUGCGUUUUGGUAAGCGCAGUAUCUCAUUGUAAAUUAAGAAUAUUAUUAACUUUAUUGUUGUUUGAAAUUAGUUUUGGAUAUUUACUUGAUGUUUGUUCAUUAAACUCUUUAUAUAGAUGCAAUAUAAAUUAUGUACAUAGUUCGACAUUGAAAAUUCUAUAUUUGUUUGUAUGUUGUAUGAAUAACAAGACUUGAAAUAUAAAAGCACUAUUACAGAAUUUGUGGAUGGUACUUUGGUGAAUGAGAAAACUAUUUUAACCGACUCUGUAAGGGGGAGGGGUGGUUAAUGUCGUCAAUUUGUAUAUAUUGCUUUAAAAAUGAUAUUUAAAUUAAUAUUAACAUUAAAAUGAGGAGGAUUUCCAUUUCAUGUUUUAAAAAUUAUUUGAAAUUUGAUUUCAAUGACAAUGACGAUUGUCGCCUUUAAAAAACUGUAUUAUAUGAUCUCAUAUUUAGUUAGAUAUGUUUAAACACAUUAUCAUUAAAAUUAGAAAGUCUUUUUGUAGUAAUAAAAAAAAACCGCUUAUUUCUAGAUAAAUAUAUGUGAACAUGUUAAUUAUACCAAAAAAACAUUUUUAUUCUGUUUUCGUCUGUCUAUCAGUUUGUUCCGAAUAAUCUCUGAAACGGCUAGGCCGGUUUUGACGGGACUUUCACGUCUAUAUACUAUAAAAUUUAGUAAGUAUAUUCGGUCUGAGAAUAGGUUGUUAACUAUUUUUAAUACCCAAACUUACAGCUCAGCUGUAUUAAUUAUAUAUAUUAUAUAUACAAGAAUCGUUUUUUUUUAAUGGAAAUUUACAUUAUAUCUUCAAUUUUAAAGUCAGGACUCGCGUGA